AGAGAGAGGAAAGGAGGCAAAAGCUUAGUCCUUCUUCUUUCUAUUUUCUCCUUCCUCUCUUUUUCCUCCAUUACUUUUCUUUUCUCAUCAUCUUUUGGAGAGAAAAAAAAAAAAAAAAACUCGACUAGGACGAAAAGGCGGGAAGAAAUCGAUUCCUCCUUUCCGUUUUUCCCCGUUUCAAGUCCGACUUUCCGGGAUCUUGAGGUUUUCAGGAAGGAUCCCUUGAAGGAGAGUCGAUAAAAUGGGAGGGGAAGAGCUAAUAAAAGGUGUCAUUAACAAUUCAAAUGGUCUUGAAGAGACAAUUCGUGUUUCUAUUAGGUUAAGACCAUUGAAUGAGAAGGAAUUAAUGAAAAAUGACUCAUCCGAUUGGGAAUGUCUCAACAGCAACUCCGUUAUGUUCAGAAGUACAUUGCCCGAACGCUCUUUGUUUCCCCACUCUUACACGUUUGAUAGAGUAUUUGGAAUUGAUAGUACAACAAAACAAGUUUACGAGGAAGGGGCCAAAGAAGUUGCUCUCUCUGUGGUCAAUGGGAUUAAUUCAACAAUUUUUGCAUAUGGGCAAACAAGCAGUGGAAAGACUUUCACAAUGAAUGGUGUCACUCAAUAUUCUGUGGCAGACAUUUAUAGUUACAUAGAGUCGCAUCAAGACAGAGAAUUUGUGCUGAAGUUUUCAGCAAUUGAGAUAUAUAAUGAAGCUGUUAAAGAUCUCCUUAGCUUAGAAAAUGUUCCACUCAGACUGCUCGAUGAUCCUGAGAAAGGAACUGUUGUUGAGAAACUUACAGAAGAGAUCUUGAAAGACAGGAAUCAUCUCCAAGAGCUUAUUUCCUUCUGUGAAGUUCAAAGAAAGAUAGGGGAGACGUCUCUUAAUGAAACUAGCUCCAGAUCACAUCAAAUCCUAAGACUAACAAUUGAAAGCUCCGCUCGCAAAUUCAAGAAGUCCGAAAGUUCAAGCACUCUCACAGCUACAGUGAAUUUUGUUGACCUUGCGGGCAGUGAACGUGCUUCUCAAACAAAUUCUGGUGGUACGAGACUGAAAGAGGGUUGCCACAUCAACCGUAGUUUGCUGACUUUGGGAACGGUUAUUCGCAAAUUAAGCAAGGGAAGGAAUGGACACAUACCUUAUAGAGACUCGAAGCUGACACGCAUACUGCAGAAUUCUCUAGGCGGUAACGGUCGAACAGCGAUCAUUUGUACUAUGAGUCCUGCACGUAGCCAUGUUGAACAAUCGAGAAAUACUUUGCUAUUUGCUACUUGUGCAAAAGAAGUGAGUACAAAUGCACAUGUGAAUGUGGUAGUCUCAGAUAAGGCAUUGGUGAAACAGUUGCAAAAAGAAUUGGCUAGACUUGAGAGUGAGAUGAAGAACUUAAAACCACUUCCUCUCAAAGGUGAUUCUACUUCCUUAUUGAAAGAGAAAGAACUUGUAAUCGAACAGAUGGACAAACAGAUUAAGGAAUUGACUCGACAGCGCGAUCUUGCUCAAUAUCGAAUCGAGAACUUGUUGCAUUCGGUUGGAGAAGAUAGGAUAUUUAAGUUAAGUGAAAGUACAGUAAAUACAAUACCAGAUCUAGUUGAUCUAGAUCUAGAUCUACGUUCUGAUGACUCAAGUUUCAAAGCUUUUGAUGAGUCAAGUCUCAAAACUUUUGACACAUUUACUGCACAAGAAGAGAAUAGCCCUCACAAGAUUGAUCCUCUAUUCACUAUGAAUCAUGAGGACGAUUUUCUACUAGAUAGCAGUACUCCUGAAUUGGCUGGACCUGAUCCUUAUCAGGACUGGGAAGAGAUUGCCGAACGCGUUCAUGCAAAUUCCGAAGAUGGGUGUAAGGAUGUUCAAUGUAUUGAACUGGAAGAAUCAAAAGAAUCAGUAAAUGAAAAUGGUGAUUUAACUUUAGCUACAUUGGAAGACAAUGAAAGGCAGAUGAUUAGUAGUUUUGAUAAUCCAGAGACAUCCCCUCAAAGGAAGAAUAAGGAGAUAAUUCCAAUCAACAAAGGUCAUACUUAUGAUGGAUUGAUUCAAAAAGCUUCUGAGAUGGAGAAAACAUUGAAUUGUAUAGUAAAUCUUUAUCCUUCUGAGCAAUCUUUCAGCUCAAUCGAAGCAGCGAAGCAAAAGUUAAAGUUGGCAAGAAGCAAAAGUUGUUUGACUGUUCUAAUGACCAUUCCACCUUCUACUUUGAUUGAAAAGGUAGAGGAUGAUAAGAAAACUCGAAGUAUUGGAUCUGAUGUGAACUUCUCUGGAAAAGCAGAAGGUAGUCGAAGAAGGCGCGGUUUAAGCUGUGGAAUUUUGGAGGCAAAUUUGGACUUCAAGGACUCACAGUCUGUAUGUAGUCGAUGUUCGGAUACAAAAACUUUACAAAUAAUAGAUGAAGAUGAUGAUGAUAAUACUAGUGUUCUCAACUUUGCUACUGGAAAAAGAGGAAAGAGCAAAAAUCGGAUAAAGAAGCGAUCUGGUUCGAGGUUGGGGAGGGUCUCUAAAAAGGAAGAACCUAAAGAAACCACACAAGAAGUUCACACGGAAGAGGAGAAAGAACUUCAGGCUCAUUCUGAGUGGAUGCUUGAGUUUGAAGGUCAACAAAGAGACAUAAUCGAGCUUUGGGAUGCUUGCAAUGUACCAUUGGUGCACAGAUCUUAUUUCUUCAUCCUUUUUAAAGGAGACCCUUCUGAUGCUGUAUACAUGGAAGUAGAGCUUAGAAGGUUGUUUUUUAUAAGGGAAGCCAUUUCUCGAUCAGCUAAUGGAUCAGGAAGGGGUGACACCGUCACGCAAACUUCAAGCUUGAAGGCUCUAAACCGCGAAAGAGAAAUGUUGGCGAGGCGAAUGAAGAAGAAGUUCUCAGCGAAAGAAAGAGACGCCCUUUACGUGAAGUGGGGUAUUGACUUGAAAACGAAGCAACGAAGCAUACAAGUGGCACGAAUGUUAUGGUCGAGAACGAAGGAUUUCGACCAUAUAAACGAAAGUGCUGCCCUUGUAGCAAAGCUGAUUGGAUUUGUGGAACCUAAUCAGGUUUCUAGGGAAAUGUUUGGGCUAUCCUUUUCACUCCAAUCCUUAGACCACAGGUCUUUUCCAUGGAAAAGAAACAUGUCUCUUCCUUUUUGAACUUUAUACCAUCUUAGUACAUAAUUCCUUUUUAUUUUUUUAUGUCUCUACUCAUCCAGAUUUGUACAAUCCAAUUAAUCAUGUAAUGAAAAUUCCCUAGAAAAUGGAUAAGAUUCUCUUUAUUUUUCA